GAUCAGUCAUGAUCCAAUUAUUAUUGAGAGGUGCUGAUUGGUUGUUCCCGAUGUGGCAAUCGCAAUGAAAACUACAAAAGAUACCACCUCACUAUCGGCCCAAUUUUUGUCGACGAUCUUGUCAAGUGUCACCAUCAUCUGUAGACCUGUUCAUAGAUAUCACAAAUGUAUCAACACAUCCAUCAACAAAUUCACCACGCGAGUGUUAGAAAUGGCGAGUUACAUGCCACCAAUUCACAUGCCAAUAGAACCAAAAUGGCGACAUUAUCCGACGUACAUCUACUCGAGAAAUUACGGAUAUGGGAUCAAUUAUUAUCAGCCAAUGAUUGAUUACAUGGAUACCAAGAGACUCGCCGCAAGAUCAUCUUUACCAGAGUUUAAAAGAAGAAUAGACUUGCCUGAAUUACCCUGGUCUGAUGGUAGAGUCUUAUGGGAAGACAAAAAGGUACAACCCUAUACAAGAGACGAUCUUAUUAAAUAUGCAAUUGACGCUGAAGACGCAGCUAGAAAUCACCUGUCUCGUUUUAAGAUAGCAAAUCGCUCGGACUUCAGCCUGGCCAAGACCGUGCAGGCCAGCCGCGUGACCAAGGAGAUUUUUCCGCGCACCGGAAAGGACCUGAAACGACUACCCAUGCCUCUGACGUUCGCCAGCACUCGUGCCCGCAGCGAGGUCAGGGAGUUCCAUCAGGAAGCGAGGAACGAUAUAAAGAUGCAGGCGUUGAAAGAUGUUCAGAGGAUGACCGAGGUGAAUGACGCAGUGAGGCAUAGCAAAAGUCUGCGUGGAAAAUCUGCGAAAGCGAUAGAAUACCAUCUGACAACAGAGGCGCUAAAAAAUCUGUCCAAGAGCCAGGAACUGGCCGACGUCCGGAAGUUCCAAAGGGAAACUGUGCAUUCUCUCUGGGACGACACGGCGCACGGCAGAUUGAUGAACGAAAGGGCCAAGGCUCUGAUCGAUGAGGAUAAGCUGACGCAGCCGCUCGGUGUGCUUAGCAGGGAGCUGCGCGGAUUCGAGCAGAAGUCCAGCAAUUAUUUUCUAGAUAAGAGGUAUCAAGAUCGGGCGAGGCGAGAACUUUUGUAUGGAUGUCGAGGAUGCGAGUAUUAUAAUGUUAAGCGUAGUAGAUAGGUAAGAGUUGUGUUACAACCGAGUUCUUAGUAAAGGAAGGUAUGAUACUUUAUUUUCUCUAGGAGAGUAGAAAUGCGUGAAAAUAAAGAUAAACGAUUUCAACAGGU